CAUUCAUCAUUAGUAAAGAAUCACGAGUGGAAUACUAUCGAACAAAAAUGAGAGUUGCCCUGCUAGCUGUGGUGACACUCACUACAGUGGCGGUCCUUGUCGGAGCCGCCGAUCCUGAAUGCGUCUAUCGCAAAUUACGCGGCCUGUCGCCCCACUGGCCAAACCCCACGAGCUGCUCCACCUACUACCGCUGCUCGGCCAAGGGCGUUGCCCGGGCUGUGACCUGUCCGGCCGGUAAAGAAUACAACCCCAAGAACGGCAAGUGCGCCACCGCCGGACGAGGACUCUGCAAACUGAGCCUUGUCGCUCCCCUGUCCUUGGAAACCAACGUGUGCACCGACGAGGUGAACGGAGCAUUCCUGCCAAAGAGCGGAUACUGCGGCGAAUACUACAUCUGCGACGAGCAACAGGCCUACUCCCAGAAGUGCUCCGCCGGCAGCGCCUUCAACAACACGCUGGCAGUCUGCAUUCCGGACCCUGAGAAGACGUGCUGGCAGAACCUUUGCGUGGGAGUGUCCGAUGGCCUACUUCCGACCAACAGCGAUUCCUGUGCGAACUACUACUCAUGCUCCGCUGGCGUGGCCACGCUGGAGAAGUGCCCCCUGAACUCCUACUUCGAUGACAGCCUGAAGGUCUGCACCCCCGACACAGACUCAGUUUGCUGGCAGAACUUCUGCGUUGGAAAGGCAGAUGGCUCAGCCGUCGCUGACAAGAGCAACUGCUCCGUGUUUUACCUCUGUUCCGGCGAGAGUGCGACCACCCAGAACUGCCCGGUCGGCAGUAUCUUUAACGCCGACGGCUGGAACUGUAAGCCCGGCACAUGCGAUGACACCACCACUGUGGAGCCUUGCGAUGAUGUGACAACCACAACGGAACCCUGCGAUGAUGUGACAACCACAACGGAACCCUGCGAUGAGGUGACAACCACAACGGAACCCUGUGAUGAUGUGACAACCACAACGGAACCCUGCGAUGAGGUGACGACUGCAACCGAACCCACCACCGACUGCGAUUGUGCUGAUAAUGUGAAGAACGGACAACUCGUUGCCAACAAAGAGAACUGCCGACUGUAUAGCAUCUGCGUGGACGGCACCCUGGUCUCCGGCGAUUGCGGCAAAGGAAACUUCUUCAACGACAGCCUCGUUGUGUGCCAGGUGGACUCUGGAAAUGACUGUCCCGAUAGCUCUGAGGCGGAGUGCAAGGUCGGUGAUAAGCUGGUAGAUGUACAGAACUGCGCCAAGUACUACCAGUGCAAUAACGGAGUCUGGCAGUCAGCGAGCUGCGACAGUGGCAGCUACUUCGACACCCAAUCUUCCGAUUGCACGGCGGACGUGGACAACGUGUGUGUGGACUCUUCCACUGACGAAUGCAACAUGAGCGAUCCGGCAGCGAGCGGCAAGAAUUGCUACAGCUAUCAGACGUGCAUAGACGGCAAGUGGCAGGACGAGGAGUGCAGCAAAGAUUACUACUUCGACGCGGUCAUGGGCAUCUGCAGACAGGACGAGGAUGGUUCCUGUCCCGAAAACAAGAUAUACUUCGGCAUCAAGCCUCCCGUCGGCAACACCAGCUUCAUCGUCGGCCAGCGCGCCAGGCGCAGUGCAGAUUCCAAUGCCACCGAGGAGGCUCCCUGCUGUCCUGGAGGCCUUGCCCAAGGCGCCAUUGUGUGUCAUCCCACCGACUGUGGCAAGUAUCUGAUCUGCGACAAUGGUGAGAUGGUCGAGGGCAGUUGUGGCGUGGGAAAUGUGGUGCAGAACGGUGUCUGCGUGCCCGACACAGGCGCCACGUGCUGGGUGUGUGCCAACAAACCCAACGGCUACCAGCUUCCCAAUCCCGAUGACUGCACCAGCUACGUAAGCUGCUACAACGGCCUCUCCGUCGAGCACUCUUGUGCCGCUGGCGAGUGGUACAAUGGAGAGAUUUGCGAGAUCGAUGUCACCGCGAAAUGCAUCAACCCCUGCAGCUGCGCCUCUGGAGCCGUGCCCCAUCCCAUCUGCACCAAGUACUACCUCUGCACCGACGGGGUGGCCCAGGUAGUGGACUGUGCGGUGGGCCAGGCAUUUAACAAUGACACGGGACUGUGCUCCAACGCGACAGAAUGCAACGCCAAGCUGUGUGCCACGGCCCCCGACGAUACCACCUACGCAGUGGAUGGAGACACCAGCAGGUUCUACCUGUGCCUUAACAAUGAGGCUACCAUCGCAUCCUGUCCGGCCAAUACCGCCUAUAACACGCUCUACGGGAUAUGCCAGGCCGUACCCAGUGCGGACUGCAAUCAGGCCACCUGUACAGGUGCUUCUGAGGAUCAGACAUACCCAUCUCUGAAUUGUGACAACUCAAGCUUCUGCAUUUGCAAUGGCGGUGGCGGCUACCUUCAGUCCUGCGGCGAAGGCUAUUUCUACGACACCGAAUAUGGAAUUUGCCAAUUUACGGGACAGUGCGACCCCGCGGUCUGUGUCGGCAAUGCGGAGUACUGGGUUUCGCCCGAUUACCAGGACCCGAACAGCUUCUGUCUGUGCCGCGUUCAGCAACCCGUGUCGGUGCCCUGCCCCAUUGGCUACACAUUCAGCAUCGAGGAUCUUGCGUGUGUCCUCAUCCCACAGCCUGACCCCAGAUGCGAUGCCAAUGGCUGCUCGUGCAAGACGGACUUUGAUACUUUUCCGGCUCUGAACACCAAUGCUGGAUUCUGUGUGUGCGUGGACGACUUGCCGACGUACGAGAGCUGCCUUGGCAACACAGUGUACUCCCUGGAAUUUAAAGCGUGCUUGCCCCCUAAUAUAACCUGCACAGCUAACGUAUGUAAUGCGACGGAGUGCGACAAUCAGCCAGAGUACUCAACAUUCCCCGCCCCGGAUGCAUCUGGGUUCUGCUACUGCAAGGACUCCUGUCCCAUCUUCGAUUCCUGCUUGGACGACCAGGUCUAUGACGAGUCCCUGGGUGCGUGCGCAGAGCCAAAGGUUGACGCCAGCUGCAAGUGCGAUGCAUCCAAGUGCACGGCGACUAUGCCCGACUAUGUGCCAUUCCCUCCGACCGCGGACAACGAUGUUGCCGGUUUUUGCUAUUGCGAGGAUGGAACAGUGUUCUACGACACGUGCAGCCCGGGAAUGGUUUUCAAUGCGACAGCAGAGAGGUGCGUCAUACCCUCGGCACCCUGUUCCGUGUGCGAGGCUAACAAGUGCGCCACUCUGGACGACUUAUCCACCUUUGAGGCCCUGAACACAACCGCAGGCUUCUGCAUCUGCAUGUCCGGAAGUCAGGUGUUUCAGUCAUGCGAAACGGGCGUCCAGUACAACACCACUUUCGGUGCCUGUCUGAGUCCAAAGACCAAAAUUGUGGCCAGUGCGGCCUGUGACGGGACGCAAUGCGCCAAGCGGACGAUGUUCUCGAGAUUUUCGGCCAGCAACACGACCAAUGGAUUCUGCACUUGCGAUGAUAUCGGCGCCACCAGCUUCCACAGCUGCGAAAACGGACAGCACUAUGACGAGGCUCUGGCCGCCUGCUCGCUGGAGGCGUGCGACUCCAGCCAGUGCAGGCGUCGCGCCCAGUUUGAGCCGUUCGAGGCGAGGAACACCAGUGCGGGAUUCUGCAGCUGCGACGGAGUCGCCAUCUACCACCACUGCGAUGAGGGACACGUCUUCGACGCUGCCCAGGGCCUGUGCACACUGAGAGGUGUCAUCGGCAACAUUGCGUGCAAUUUGCUAGAGUGCCAGAGGCGGGGGCGCUAUGAGCCCUUCGCUGCCCAGAACACAAAAUCCGGAUUCUGCUCGUGCGACGGCUCGGACGGUGUCAGUGUCACCUUCCAUGCCUGCACGGAGGGCCAGGUGUUCGACACCAAGCUGGGACUGUGCGCGGAUCAUGUCAUUGAGAAGCGCUCGCUGGAGGCGCAGGAAAAUCUUGCCUGCGGCGUGAAUGAAAUGCGCUCAGUGCCAGCCAACUGCUCCCAGUACGAGAUCUGCGUGGAGGGGCACUGGCGACGACGCACCUGCUCCGAUCAGCGCUACUACAACCCGGAGCAGCAGCGCUGCCUCGAGCCCAGGGACGACAUGGUCUGCGCCUAUGCGCGGGUCACCUAUCUGCCAGCCUGCACCAAUCACAGCGAGGCCCACACGAUGGCCACCAUAAAUGGCAGUUGCCUGCAGUACUUCCGCUGCGCCGGCAGCAAGUGGCGCCUCCGUAACUGCCCCAAGCAGCACUACUAUUCUCCGCUGAUGGGUGCCUGCCUGCCGCUGCCAGUUGCCGCCAGGGAAAACGAUCGCAACAUCUGCAAUGCGACAAUCAGCCUGAGUCCGCCCGAGGACUGCCUCCACCUGGCCGUGCGUCCGUCCGCGGCGAGCUGUGACAGCUUCCUCAUGUGCCUGGACAACCUAUGGUGGCGCCACCAGUGUCCACUGGGCAUGUACUUCAGCCGCGACCGCAACUACUGUCUGCCCAACGACGCCGACCAGUGUCCGCAGAAUGUCACGACUUCCUGUGCUGGUGGCCAAAAACGCGGCCUGAUCGGCAGCUGUAGCGUCUAUGAGCAGUGCUCCGACGGCCAGUGGGUGCGGAUGCAGUGCCUCCAGGGUCAACAGUUCGAGCCGCUGCUCGGCUGCGUGCCCAGCGAUGGCAGGUGCCAGGCUAACGGCAUGCGCCGUAUCUGCCAUAAUGGCGAGCUGCGGCCUCUGCCACUGAUCUCGGCGGACAGGGGCCACUGUUCGCCAUUCUUCCACUACUGCGAAGGAGAGGAGUGGCUCCUGGGCAGCUGCCUGCGGGGCCAGCAAUUCGACCCGCAACUGAACAGGUGUCAGGCCCAGGCCGAGUGCCGGCAGCAGGCGCAAACUCUGACCAUGUCGGCUGCGGAGAACAGUUGUGUGGGCCAAUCGGAUGGCCUGAGCGUGCCUGAUGGUGAGGAUUGCACACGGUUCUACCUCUGCCUGCAGCAACAGCCCGCUGUGCUGCAGAGCUGCGCCUCCGGAAGCUUCUUCGACGCCGCCCUGGGGUACUGCAGACCCAACGAUGGCACUUGCCAGCUGGCCGCCUGCUCAGGCGUAGAGGAUGGCAGACUGGUGGCUCAUCCCGAGGAUUGCCGUGCCUACUACAGCUGCUCCCGCGAGAACGGCACGCAGCUCCACCAGUGCGAACAGGGACUGUACUUCCACAGCCUGCUCUCGCUGUGCCGCGUCGACCACGGCCAGUGCCAGACGCAGUCGGACCCUGGGGAGGAGGCAGUCAGCGGAAGGGUAUGUGCGGGGCUGCACGGAGUGCGCCUGCCCCACGAGCUCUACUGCAACCUGUACUACGCGUGCGUGCGUGGCCUGGCGGUUCCAGUGGAGUGUCCCGCCCGGCAGCAGUUCAAUCCCGUGCUGGCGGCGUGUGAGCCGGAAUCGCAGGCGCUGGAGCCGUGCCAGAACGGACAGCUGGACGGAAACAGCAGCGUCGUCUACAGCUGCGGCACCCUUCAGGACGGAAGUUACCUGGCCAAUCGCAGCGACUGCACGAGGUACUUCAUCUGUGCGGGGGGCAUUGCCGUGGCACAGCGGUGUGCUACGGGUAGCUUCUUCGAUCCGCAGCAGCUGCUGUGCGUGCAGGACGACGGCUCCUGCCCGUUCGUGGAGCAGGUGGACGAUGACGAGGAGACAAACAAUCAGCACGUGCCGCCCGAUCCGCUGGUCUGCGAGGGCAAGCACGGCUACAUUCUACCGGAUCCGACGAACUGCAACAACUUCUACAUCUGCGUGUCCGGAAAGCUGCGUCACGAGUGCUGCUACUCCGGCGGCUUCUUCAACGCCACGCUCCAGCAGUGCCAAGUCCUGGAGCUGCCCAGCGACGUGGACUCGCAGACGGAGCUGCCCGGAAAUUUCUCAGUGCAGGCGGGGGGCAGGCAGGAAAAGCAAUGCAGCGACGCACCCACCACCUCCGACAGCCUGUGCAGCGUCAUCGGCAAUGGCACCUCCGUGGCCGAGCAGGGCGACUGCCGGCGCUACACCAGCUGCGAGGAUGAUGUGCCCGUGUCCCAGCGCUGUCGCAACGGGGAGAGUUUCGACAGCCUCCUGAGAAUCUGUCGCCAGAGCGACGGCACCUGCCUCAUGGAGAACGGCGAGCGAGUGGGCGUCUGCAACGGAAAACACGGCCAGUUGGCGCGCGAUGCCAACAACUGUCGCGGCUUCUUCGUGUGCCUGCAUGGCCAGACGAUCGAGGGCGACUGCGGCCAGGGGCUCUACUUCAACAAGGCGACGAGCAGCUGCGAACAGGAUGUCCUGCAGCAGUGCAAAACCGACGGAGACGACUCGAUAAUUGUGGCCGAUCCGAACUAGGUACACAGAUCGUGCAUAGAUAACUUCGAGUGUAUUUUACUCAUAUUUAGGUGGUGGUUUAAAAAUAGACUUUU